AUGCGGAAUGGGAUCAUCUUUGAUACUGAAGACUUCAUGCAGAAUGGAAUCAUCUUUGAUACUGAAGCCUUCAUGCAGAAUGGGAUCAUCUGUGAUACUAAACCCUCCAUGCGGAAUGGGAUCAUCUGUGAUACUAAACCCUCCGUGUGGAAUGGGAUCAUCUGUGACACUGAAGCCUUCAUGCAGAAUGGGAUCAUCUGUGAUACUGAAGCCUCUGUGCAGAAUGGGAUCAUCUGUGAUACUGAAGCCUCUGUGCAGAAUGGGAUCAUCUGUGAUACUGACGCCUCCUUACAGAUUGGGAUCGUCUGUGAUACUAAACCCUCCAUGCGGAAUGGGAUCAUCUGUGAUACUAAACCCUCCGUGCGGAAUGGGAUCAUCUGUGAUACUAUAAAGACUCCGUACAGAAUGGGAUCGUCUGUGAUACUAUAA